CUCAGGACUUAAUUUGAUUUGGAAAUCAUUCACUCAGGCGAGCAGCAAGUUCAUUUUUAUUCAGCGCAAAGCCAAGAUUAGAACUAACAUAAAUUCAUAGAACAUAGAAAAUUCAUUAACCCGUGUUUACUAUUAGAAAAAAGAAUAUCUCAGCUUGCAUAGAUGUUUGUUAGAUAAAGCAACUUAGUUAUUCAAAUGUUUUAAAGCAAACAAGAAGAAUAUCGCUUGUCUCUUCUAUACAUGACAGUUGAGAUUUUCGAUACAUCGGUGGAUGAUUAAAACGAGUUAUAUUUAACGAAGUGCAGUUACCUUGACAAUUGUAAUAGUUAUUUCAACUUUCUUUGCAGACGGAUUCAAGGUUGGAGAGUUUAGUUGAGAGAAAUGAUGAAACUCUCGACACCAGCAGCCGUGGGAUUGUUUCUGAAUGUUUAUUUCUUGACAGAACGCAUUCAUGCGUUUACAGGUAACUUGGGCCUUUUAGAUACCACGCACGGUUCAGGCACGGUAGAAAUGACAGUCUAUUGUUUAAACACACUUUCAGGUCUAAAAGAUUGUUUCUGAAAACUUUAACUUUAUUUAAUCGAUGUUUAGUCUAUAGCACAGUACAGUGUUAGAUAGUUAAGAUCUAAAAUAUGCAUACAAUAAAAAGUGUAUUUGACGCCAAAGUACGAUAGCCUCUUAGGACAAAAAUCAUAAAUCAGAUAUGCAGUAGCGAUCUGGAGGGCGAAGGGGGCGACCGCCCAGGGCGACACAUUUUUUGGGGGGUGCGGUUAGGGGAGGGCGGCUAAUUCGGUAUUUUUUGUUUUGAAUUUCCUUUUGGAAUACAUAACUAUAUCGUGACGCUUCUAUCUGAUUUGUAAUGUUAAUACUCUUUUUUCCCCUUCUUGAUAUUUUCUAAUUUUGGAAUUUUAACUUAAAAUUGAAUGAACUAAACAAAAAGAUUCCACAUAAAAUCAAAACAGCAAUGCAUAGGUUUAUUUACUCUCGUUGAGCUACGUCAUGACAUCAUUCAAUUUGGAAAAUUUAAAUCACGUGUUUGCGUGUGGGCCGAAAAAGAAACCUAAAGAAAUCUAUAACAGUUCUACGCCAGAACUGUUAAAAUGGCAUCAGGUAUAGUUCCUCAACAUUUACUGAUUGGGAUAACGCCACUUCAGAAUUAAGUUAACCUUUUCCAUCAUUGCAACCAUUUUAUAAUUCAUAGUUUUAAAUAUAAUUGGCCAGGGUCUCAUAGUCUACGUCUUGAAGAUAUUAUAAUGGAGGAAAAAAUGAAGUUAUUGCGUCGUGUUUCGGACAUUUUUUCUCUCCAGAUGUUUAUUUCAACUCUACUUCAAACAGACAGAAUAACCAAAUACCUGAGAUUUUCCGAAAGGUGAUGAAAUGAAUUGUUCUUUUUUUUUCUUCUCAAUGCGAUAUCAUCAGAAAGGAAGGAUUGUUGAGGACAGUUGGUUCGAAAUUCGCAGCAUCGCUCUAAUGCUGGCAUCCGCCCGUCACAAUGUGACGAUGGUGUGGGCUUCGGAGGACGAAAAUCCACAAGGCAUGGGAUAUUCUUCAGGGAUUAUGAGGUGGUUCCCAAAAGCAAAUCGCCUCUCUCCACGCCGCUGGACAACCCAAGGGAACAUCAUUUUGAAGAUACAGCUUGGAACCAGUAGCGUCGCAGGAGUUGUCGGAAUGUUUCAUUGUACCAAUGUUAUCCACCUUUCGGGACUCCAUCUCAGGGUUUGAUUUCAUAGUUGCCUUCUCUUAGAUGAGUUGCCAUCCAAGGUUAACGAGUCAAAUCUACCCGGGGUGCUGGUGAUGUUUUUGCUUGACUGGGCUUUGGCUGGAAUUGAACUCCAGACCACGAACUUGAGAUUUCCUCGGCCACCCAGCACCCAGCUCUAAUGACAUUGAUAAAAAAAAUCAACAAAACUGUAGUUUAGAGUACCAACAUUAAGUAGUCUAAAAUGUUAGUAAAGUCAAGCCCCCCCCCCCUUUUCCCUUUGACUGUGAAGUGCUUUUAUUGAGACCAUACACACCUAUCGCUUAGAUCUAUGUGUAUAACACCACUAUGGAGUUUCUGGGACCAAGCUCUGAAAAUUAGCAGGGCUGGUUCGAUGAAACAGGGUCGUAACCAAACAGCUGCAGGAGAACAAAAAAUAUCGAACGCUGUGCUCAAUAUUUUGACAACGUCCUACAUAAACCUUCAUCAAUCAAUAAUGACGUCAAAAGACGUCUCCCGCAGGUGCCAAUCAAUCAAGAAAUGGAAGAACAGCCACCCCCUAAUCCAACAGAGAAUCAACAAGCUAUAUACCUCCAAGGUAAUGACUCGAUCCCAACUGAAAUAUACAAAGAAGGUUAUACAUCUCUGACUGAAUGACUUCACCAGCCUUAAUACUUAUAUGGCAACAAGAGAAAUUGGGAACAGUGAAGGUAAAGAAAUUGGGAACAGUGAAGGUUAAGAAAUUGGGAACAGUGAAGGUAAAGAAAUUGGGAACAGUGAAGGUAAAGAAAUUGGGAACAGUGAAGGUAAAGAAAUUGGGAACAGUGAAGGUAAAGAAAUUGGGAACAGUGAAGGUAAAGAAAUUGGGAACAGUGACGGUAAAGAAAUUGGGAACAGUGAAGGUAAAGAAAUUGGGAACAGUGAAGGUAAAGAAAUUGGGAACAGUGAAGGUAAAGAAAUUGGGAACAGUGAUAAUAAUUUUUAAACAAUUUCACAGAGUGAACGUUUUGACCAGAAUGAAUUGAGCAAUAUGAUCACUGAUCAUUGAUCAUAUAUUUGGAUCAUUACGAGGGCUGUUCUGAAUUGCUUUCCUCCAUACUUAAGGAAAAGAAUGUAUUUCAGCCUAGAAGAAACGUUACAUUUCAUCUUAUGUGGGAUUGUCCUGGCAUAACUUAAACGGGAAAAGUCUUAUUUUGGGAGCUUCAUUUGCUUAAAAUAAUUGGACAUUUUGUAUCAUAAUUAUGUGCUUUUAGUAGCCUAUAUAAGGAGCACAUUCUCAUAUAGCACAAUUUUCAUUAAAUAAUUAUUAUUAUGCUUCAUGCCUACAAAAUAUAAUAAGUCCAAUAUCUAAAACCAAUAAAGCUGAUAGCGGAAAACUUGAAGCAACCAUUUUUAGAAGCAGCGGGUCCAAUAUACACCUGAAAUUUCUUACAUUUGAGGGACCAAAUUUGAAAAUUUCGAAGCCAUAUUAAAUGGCGGAUAGUAAAACUAGGCUUCUGUCCAUAGAAAAUUAUGAUCUAGAAUUCUGUCCCUAGAAAAAUUAUGAUCUAGAAUUCUGUCCCUAGAAAAUUAUGAUCUAGAAUUCUGUCCAUAGAAAAUUAUCGUGUGGCCCGCAAGAAGCAAAAAUAUAAAAAAAUUAAAAAUCCAUUCAGCCCUAUACACAAUAAAGUUUAACCACAGCUUGUGUAGUCCAACUUUAUAGUCAGGGUGUCUGAUUUAAGGUACAUUCAACCAGAAAGACCUGUCAUCGGGUAUUUUAUAGACAAAUGAUAGUAUAGCUAUCUGGAUAUAAUACUUUGACAUGUUAGCAUAUUCUUAUAACAUCUAUGAAUAUUAAAUGUAUCUAAUCGAUGCACUGCAGAAGAAAUUUAGCAUUUUAAAUACAGUAGAACCCGGUUAUGUCGACGGCCUCGGGGUUCGCCAAGAAAGCCUCGAGAUAACCGAAAACCAAUAUGGUGGCAAUAUAUUAACAUGUGCCCGAAUCUCUUUAUGUACAUGAUGUGCGUUAAUAAAUAUGGGUACUUAAAUAAAAAAAAAUAGAUUACAGUUAUUUAGAGCAAAUUUCAAAAUUAAAAAAAUGAAACCAGAAUCAACUUUUUAACUUUAGUACUUUUUGAGCUACGAAUUUCGAAAGUGCGAGUUCGUUUGGUAUUUACUACUAUGGACGAAGCCUCCACAUUGUGUGACCUCAUUCUGCAGAUCGUGUCUUGCGCAAUGAUUAUGGUUUAAUACCUUUUGCACUCAACAAACUCUUAUGAAUGAAGCUCUGACGUAGUUCCACGGUAUAGCCAUUAUGUAGGUGACCGUGAAUGGCUGCCCAUGACAACGUUUUGCACACGGCAAAUUAUGAUCAUUUAUAAAAUGGACUCUACCUAGUUUUUAAACCUCGAAUUAAAACAUAUUUAUUUAAAUUACUUCUAGGUUCAUUGUAAAACAUAAAUCCUGUAUUUUGAGAAAUAAAUAAUUAUUUUUAAUUAUGAAAAACUUGUUUAUUUUUUUGUUUGGUAUUUCGGCAAUCCUCCGAAGUCCGGUCCCAAAUUAUUUCCAAUGAUUACUCCUUACUUUAAAAGUCUUAGGCAUCAUUUUGUCUUGAAAUUCAUGUUUGCGGUAGUGGACGAUGUUGGGUGGAUGUUGUUGGCCGUCGAGAUGCACAAACACUCGAGCGCAUUAUCACUAAUCACGUGUUACCAGGAACAACUACCGUCACGGAGGACACUUGGCGAGGAUAUCAGAAUGUCGGUCAACUCAACAACGGGAUUGAUGCUCACGCAGUCAUUGUGCACACGCGUAUUUGUUGACCCAGUAGACAGUAGAUCAGGACAUUGACACAGAGACUAUUGAAGGACUUUGGAUGCAAGCGGAGCGUAAACUCCGCUAUUAGAGUGGGACUAGUCACGGUCUGUUUGCCAGCUACUUGGGGGGCCUUUCAGUGGCGCAACAGUAACAAGCAGAACGUUUUUGGCUGCUAUUUGCUAUGCACCAAAUACAAUAUUUAGUAUUUACUCAAUGAUUUGUAAACUGGCAGUUAUUUGCAAAAACUAUGACUGACAUUUCUGCUGCUUUUUAACAAUGCACACUGUGCAUUGCAAUUUUUUUACAUACGAAAUAAUUUGGGACCGGACUUCGGAGGAUUGCCGCUAUUUCUUCUGGCGGAGUUCAAAAGCCACCGAUUGUUCAUGGGGAUCGAGGUUAAGUGGCAUAUUUGGCCGCCUUUGGAGAUCGAGAUAUCAGUGUUCAGCGGCAUAAAAGAAUUGACAUAACCGAGGAGAAAACGCUAAGUCAAAGAGAAAAUUUGGCGGUUCCACUUCAAAAAACAUCCACAUCAUAGGGUUGGCGAGUUAACCGAGGUCGAGAUAAGCGGAUUCGACUGUAUUUUCAUUGAUUAAAAUGAUGCCAUAGAUGGGCAUGUGUUUAAGAUCAUGUAUGGGUUGUACGUUUUAAAUCAUUAGUGAAAAAUGAAAUCCUGUUUUUAGUGGUAAUGGUUUAUUUUGUUCAUAGCGUGCGGCAAUGAGUUGAGCGAUCAGAGAGGUACGAUUACAUCACCAAGGUAUCCAACUAACUACCCAAAUGACGCCAACUGUAGCUGGACAAUCACUGCCCCUCCCAAUGAGAUUAUUGAUAUAAGGUAGGCAUAAAUUCAAGAUAGCAUCUCUCAAUUGAGAAAAAAUUCAACUUGCAAAUAUCAGGCCAUUUAAUGUCUUAUUAAAAAAAAAGUUUGUUUCAUUUUGAAUCCCCAUGUGUGCGGAUAAAACAAAGAAAAAAUAUAGACCUCUCUCUUUCUCUCUCUCUCUCUCUAAAAAAAAAAAAAAAUAUAUAUCUCUCUCUCUCUCUCUCUCUCUCUCUCUCUCUCUCUAUAUAUAUAUAUAUAUAUAUAUAUAUAUAUAUAUAUAUAUAUAUAUAUAUAUAUAUAUACACAUGAGUAUGUAUGUAUAUUAUAUAUACAAUUUAUUUACAGUUAAUAGCAUCGGACUAAAAAAAUACAGAUUAAAACUAUACGAUAUUUAAAUCAAGCAAAUAUUUAAACAUUUUCAGCAUCUUUUAAUUAAGAAAAUAUUUAAACCUAUUAAAAUCUAUGAAUUAAUAAGAUAUUAAAACAUAUCCAUAAUCUAUUAAUUAAGAAGAUAUCACAAAACGAUCUGGAAUAAAAAAAGCAACAUUUGUAUCCAUUAGAUUUUCAAAGCUUGACCUUGAUGGAUACGCUGAUUCGUGUCCAGAUGUGGUAACUGUUUUUGAUGGAGCUGGACCCCAGGCAGCUCCCAUCACACGAUUAUGCAGAUAUAAGGAACCAGAUGAGCUGCAAGGCCUGCACAUUCGCUCUACCGGCAAUAAGAUACACAUAACGUUUACAUCAGACAGUUACAACACAAGGCAGGGCUUCUUGGCAACCUACUGGAGCCACGGUACAUUUCAUUAUGACCAUAGCCUGGGAGAUUUCUACUGAUCCAUCAUAGUUUAUAAUUAUAUCAGUUUCAAUUGAUAAAAAUGACUAUAACUUAUGUUAGUAUUUCUCUAAUGGUAAUACGAUGGGGAGACUGCAAUCAGGUUAGAAAAUGGCAAUGAGUAAAAAAAAAAACACUUUACCUCUUGCUGUCCUCUCGAGGACAACAUUUCAGCUGUGUUAAUUUUAUUAUGUUUUUACUGUUGUUUGUUCGCUAAUGAAGGCUUCUUGUCCACAAGCUUGUUGUUUUGUUGCGUUCUUUUGUCAGGUUUUCCCAUAAUUUAUUUUGUUCAUUUCAAGUUAUUCUCUAAGCAGGAAACUUGUUUUUAACUCCAGAUUACUUUUUUAAACUAUUUUUUUUUUGCAACAAGUUCAAUUUUAAAAGUUAAAAUUAUGUUCUUAUUGUGUUUUCAUUUACAUUAUUUUUGUAUGCCUUUUUUUUAAAAUUAUCAUCUUUUAAAAUGAUUCAUUGUGGAGAAAAGUCCCAUAACGUGAAUGACCGCGAAAGCCAACAAGUCAGAGAGAGUAUAUAACCAUAAACCUCUAUUGUUUAUUAAAUAUUGAUCAUCUCUACAUUUCAAAUACAUUGGCUUUGAAGUAAUGUAAAUAAUGUUUACCAUCAUCAUAUAAUAUAAAUUUUAUUGACACUGUUUUCAGCAUGCCCACCUCUCAGAUAUGGGGUUGAUGCUUGCAGUUUAACGUGUAACUGUGUAGCCAGCAACACUUUAGCCUGCAAUAAUGUGGCUGGUACGUGUCUGUGUAAGGAAGGCUGGACAGGGGCAGACUGCUCUAUAGAUGUGGACGAGUGUGCCAACACAGUGGUGGAACCUUGUCCAAGUUACCAGGACUGUUUCAACACAGCUGGGGGUUUUACCUGUGAGUGUAAAGAAGGGUUGGUGGAGACUGCAGAUGGAAUAUGUCAAGGUAAGAAAUUAAAUAUGACUUUUUGAACGAGAUAAUUGUCUAAAAAAAAAAUAAAAGUUAACAAUAUUUUUUGUUUAAUUUGUGUGGCUUGUAAAUUGAUCAACCCCAGUAACGGACAUUUCACCACUCUGCAACAAGAGAUCCAGGCCUCUACGGGGCUGCUGUCGAACUAUUAACUGGGCGGCAAUGAGCGCCCAGUGAAGCCAACAGAAACUCAUGCAAUACAUCUGACCCCCAAGAUGAAGGUGAGAGUUGCUUUGGAAUCUCUCUCUGGGAGUGGGUAAAGAACACAGAGGCUGGUCACUAUUCUAACCAUUGUUAGUACAAAUAAUGUCAUUUGCUGACUUUGUGCCCUGCACUGGAUGUUGCGGAGGGGGGGGGGAGGCCAGGGAGUGGGAGAGUCCUAUGUCACCACAAUGUUAUAUGGCUCAGUCCAGCAGAUGGAGCUUGUUGCCAAUGUACUAGCUGGAGCUUGCUGCCAAUGUACUAGCUGGAGCUUGUUGCCAAUGUACUAGCUGGAGAUUGUUGCCAAUGUACUAGCUGGAGCUUGUUGCCAAUGUACUAGCUGGAGUUUGUUGCCAAUGUACUAGCUGGAACUUGUUGCCAAUGUGAUCUAAGACAAUAUUUUGUAGGGUAGCUCUUUUGUGUUAGAAUGGAAAUAACAAAUGUUUAAGUAUUUUUGUAUAUGAUAUUGUUUACAUUUUUUUAAAUGAUGGGGAAAAAUAAUUUUUCACUUCAAUUAGUCUAAUUAAUUUUUAAAAAAAUCUUUUCAGUGAAUGCAAGUAGCGAGUGUGGAUCUAACACAUGUUCACAUUUAUGUGUAAAACUAACCACUGGAAACGACACGCAGGUGUGCUACUGUCCAGACAACACACAGCUGAAUGAGACAGACUGCUUAGGUCAGCUAUGUUUUUGCUAUUUAAAGCUAUUAAUUAUACAGAAGGUCAUCAAUUAAAAUAUAUUUCCAAAUUACUAACACAAAAAGAAACUCAGUAAAUUUCAUCACAAGCUGUAGGUUGGUUCAAUUAGAAAAGUAUUUCAAUCAGCUUUUAUGAAAAAUUGAAGAAAAAAAAAGAAAUUUUGUUUGCUUGUCUAGAAGAAUAGUAAAUAAUUUAAGUAAUGAAAACUUAAUAAACAAUUUCAGCAUGCCCUGGUCUAACCUAUGGUAAAAACUGUGAGAAGACUUGUGGCUGUGACAGCAGUCAUGGAAAGUGCAACACCGUAACUGGGGGAUGUAUCUGUGACGAAGGUUGGACAUCCGCCAACUGUGCAGUUGACGUUGAUGAGUGUGCUCUCAGUUGGGACUUGCACAUUUGUAAAACCCAACCCAAUCAGUUCUGUGUCAAUACCAUUGGAAGUUAUCAUUGUAAUUGUUCUAAAGGGUUUGAAGAAUCAACAAACAACACAUGUGAACCUAUUGGUAAUUUGAUAUUCACCAUGAUUCAGACCAUUUUAAAAUUAUGUUGAUAUCUUAAAUUACAAAUCAUACUUGACAUGAAAACAGUUUCAGAUUCCAUUUUUCAUCUCUUCAGGUUUUAUUUUGUGAAAACUGUUAAAGAAUUUUUGAAAGAAAAAGAACAAGAGAUAAGACAACAUUAAAGACUAAAAUUCUCAGUUAGUAGCAUGGCAUUUAAGAUUGGUGGAUUGAAGUUCUGAGUAGUUACCUAAACAAAGAACUAAGAUAAAUGACCUGAUUUCAGUGACAUAUAUUCAAACAAAUUGACAAAGAAAUACAAUUAAAUUAUUAGCAAAAUACAAUUAUUUUAUUCACAAGAAAUUCACAACCUUUAUUGAAAUGAUAAAUAUUUAAUUAUUUGUUUGCCAGCUUGCAAUGAAACAGUGAACGCUGCAACACCAGGUAGCAUACAAUCCUUUUACUACCCAGACACAUAUUGGCCAAAUGCCUAUUGUACCUGGACUAUAAGUGAUGUGGUACCCAAUAAAAUUUCUUUACAGUAAGUGAACAUCAACUUAAAUGGUUUUUUUAGAUAAAUUUUUGGUUCAGUAUAUUUGGAUGACAUUUUUUAUUUGUAACUAUGUGAUUGAGUUUGUUUCAUCCAUAUGUGUCCAGAGUGAUCAGCCUUCCUUAUGAAAAUGCCUAUUUCAAUGGAGUUUGUACUUCAGACUACAUGGAAGUGUAUGAUGGGGGAGAUUCCGGUAGUCACCUGCUUGGUCGAUACUGCCAAGAUAAACCUGUACUGGGAACAAUCAGAUCUACAGGAAACAUUAUGCAUAUUGUUUUUAGAUCAGAUAGAUUUGCUGAGCGGGGCUAUUUGAAUGUACAAUAUACUGGCUACAGUAAGUUAUAAAUCUGUAUGAUGACAUCACUCUGUUAAUCUAUUUUUAUAUAUUUACAUACUACAACAUAUCUACUGCCCUUCCCUACAACCAUUAUAACUUAAAACAAAACUUUUCCAAUUCACUAUUAAACAAAUGCAGGAUUUGUUGUGGCUGGUAUUAAGAGAAAAUCAAUCACGUAUUGUGUUCUAAGGGGGUCAUGUGCACUUAUUUCUAAAGAAUUUCAUUUUUAAACACUUUUCUCAUAAUUAGAACUUAUGUUUCCUUAACAGUUUCUCAUUUUUUUUGUUUUGCUGUCAAGUAUUUUUACAAACAUGUUUAUAGUUUCUUACUGUAUUUAAUAUUCUGAGUAAGCCAGGUGGUCUUAUCAGUUUCAUAUAGUCCUGUGAUAUAAAGGAUUGGCCUUAAAGAUAUAUCAAGAUGAAUUAACUUAAGGAAAAACAGCAUUUCCCAUUAACUUUCAUAUUUUCAUUGUGAAUCCAGAUCAGCUAAAUGCCCCACUUAAAUGUGAAUACGCUCAAAAUGAGAGACACUAUGCUUUCAUCUUUUUAAUUUUCUAUAAAAUAAAAAUAGCAGUUUUAAACUGAUAAAUUUGUCUGACUGUAUUUAUGACUGUUAUGAUUCAGAUUAUCCAGCAUGUAAACAAGACCUCACUGUUUUGAAUGAGCGGCAAAUAAUCCAGAGCCCCCAGUACCCAGGCUAUGAGAAUAACAUAUUCUGUUACUGGUUGAUCAGAGGAGGCAUCGGUAACAUAAUCUCACUGAGGUCAAUUGUUGUCCAUUCAUAAAUUAUCUAUUAGUGAACUGCAGUAGGGCUUGAUAAAGGAGAUAAUAGGAGACACAGUCUAGUUGUAUUUGUUUCCAUUAAGAUUUUUGAGGGCAGAUACAGUUCACUUGUGUUAGUUAGUAUUAAGGUGGUUUGCAUACUGUCAUACAUUUUGCUUUAUUGAACUUUUGGAUUGUCUUUCAAUAUUAUCAAUACAUAAAGUGCCACAAAAAAUUUUUCAGAUCAAUUUUAUUUAGGUAUGUUAAACUCAAGGACCACAAGCAACCAGUAUUAAAUCUUCUUAAGUCCUAUUUAAAAAAAACAUGGAAAAUUUUAAAAUGAAUUGAAUGCUCAUAAAUAUUUCUGUCUAGUGAAUUACAAGAUCCUUGCUUUUUUGUAAUAAAAAAUCUUAAUACCUUGUAUUUUUGGUUGAACAGAACAAAGGAUCUAUUUGUGGACACAAAAAAUUCGUUCCUAGCCGUUUAUGAUGGCCAACAUGCUGGAGAUCGACUGUUGGGACAAUAUUUUGGCACAUCCAUACCCAGUUUGAUCAGAUCAACUGGAAGUUUUAUGUAUAUUGUGUUUCAGUCAGAAGGAACCAUCACAGGAACUGGAUUUAAUGGAACUAUUCAUGCCCAAGGUUAGGAAAUAGGAUUUGUUUUAUAUAAGCGAUACCCACAUUUUUUUCAAAGUACACACUUUAACGAAUUAUUUAUUAUUUUUUUGCUGUUUCAGCAAGGAGCAGCAUGUAGAGAAAAUAUUAUUACAUUAGGUUAUGGCUUAAUCAUGCCUAUAUUUUUUUUAUAUCUAAUUUUUAUGUAAAAUGCACACAAAAUAUUUUUAUAUGUCUCUUUUUUAAAAUAUUUAUUUCACACAUAUUAAUCUGGGCGACAAAAAUAAUGUGCUGCUGAAAACAGUUGUUUUCUGUAGAUAAUUGAGAUAUUAAAACAAAGGGACGAGAUAGAAUUUCCUGACAUUCAGAGAAAUAGCUUUAAUUUCUUAAUGGAUGAAACAAAAAUAAUAAAAUAUCACCUAUUAACUUUUAAAAAUAUUAUUUUACUUAAUGACAUAAUAUAGAGAUUAAAAGUUACCAUGAAAAUAAUAUAUUAAGAACAUGAUAAGUAGCAGCUUCAAUAACAAAACAUAACAAUGAAUGUAUGUUUUGGGAAUGUUAGCAGACCUUUUAUCAUAAUAAUAUAUAACUUAUUUAGAAUAAGGCCAGUAAUUUGCUAUUUAUUUAUGAGCUGUUUGAAUAUUUAAGGUUAAAAAGAAAUUUUUUUGUAUCUUUAUCCAGGGUGAAAGUAAAAUUCUUGCUAAGUUAUGUAAAUUUAAUAUAAAAUUCUUAGAAGAAUUUUUCAUUCAAGCUACUGUAUAUUACUCAGUGUUUUAAUUUUCUGUGAUAUAAAAUUUAAGGCCCCAUAUUCAGAAUACAAUUUUUUUCCUUUAUUUUCUGCAUAACAUAAAUUUAUAAUUUCAAUUUUACAGACUGUCCCAACUUCUUUUAUGGCCAAGAUGAAUGCACUAAUCCCUGUAUAUGUAAGGUAACUUAUUCAGAAUACAAUUUUUUUCCUUUAUUUUCUGCAUAACAUAAAUUUAUAAUUUCAAUUUUACAGACUGUCCCAACUUCUUUUAUGGCCAAGAUGAAUGCACUAAUCCCUGUAUAUGUAAGGUAACAAACACUGCAGAGUGCAAUAAUAUUAAUGGCGCCUGCUUUUGUUUCCCUGGAUGGACUUCCACUGAUUGUUCUGUAGAUAUUAAUGAAUGUGAAAAUCCAAACAUCUGUAGACGUACUGAGAAAUGCAUCAACACACCUGGAAGCUAUAGAUGUGUAUCAGGUAAAUUUAAUAUUAUACAGUUUUAAAAGCCUAAAACGUUAUUGGUUUUUAUGUUUGUGGAGCUGUAAGAGCUACAAUAAAACUUACGAAAUCUUGUUGCUAAGCAUGAAAGUGGUAUAUGUGUGGCUUAUGUUGCUAUUAUGUUGGGAAUGAAUCAACAGUUUGUACAAUUUUGAAAGAUAAAUAAAAUAUUAAAGCAGCUGAUGUAGUAAAUGGGCUUACAACAGUGACCUCUAGGAGAUAAAAAAAAAAAGUAUGGAAGAGUUUGGGUUAAUGAAAAAAGAAUGGUUGUUAUUAGCCCUAUCAUUUAUUAAUAUUCAACAAUAAAAUCUAGUGUGUUUACUAUUAAAAUAUUUGAUAAUUCAAGUUUGUGGGACCCAAGAAUGUAUUAAUCCAGUUUCUAUUAUUUUAAGGAGGGAAAAUUGUCUUGGAACUCAAACACUUUGAACCCAAAUGGGUUUCUGGAAUGGAUUAAGUUCAGCUUCCAAGGUAUCAUUUACUUAAAAACAUUUGAACUUAUAUUUUUCUAUCUCUCAGAUUGUAAUAAAGUUUUCUCUGGAAUAACUGGCAACAUUGAAACCAUCGAUUACCCUGAUUAUAUUCUAGACCUGGCUACAUGUAACUUCACCAUAACAGCAAUGCCACAGGAAGUUGUUACAUUUAAGUAAGCACAGUUUAGAAAAAAUUAAUAACUGGCAACAUUGAAACCAUCGAUUACCCUGAUUAUAUUCUAGACCUGGCUACAUGUAACUUCACCAUAACAGCAAUGCCACAGGAAGUUGUUACAUUUAAGUAAGCACAGUUUAGAAAAAAUGAUAAUGCAACACAUUUAAAGUUUUCUAAAAGAAAAGGAAAGUCUCUUCACAUGCAAUAGAAGGAGCUAUUACAGUACUUCCAUUCGUACUGCAAUAAUUUCUAAUAUAAAAAAAAAUCAGAAUAUGUGGCUCAGAUAUUAUAUUUUAAAUACAACUGAUUUAAACAUACAAUAUUUCAAUGAUUACUGUGAAUUACACAAUUAGUUAUUGAAGAUAAAUUUGUUUUAAAGUAUAUUUUAAAAUGUCAACAAGCCAAAAGUGGUUGGCCUACAAAAACUUCAUUUAAAAAAGUAAAUGAUGUUUACCAUGGUGCCUAUUAAAAGUUAUAGGUACCACCCUUUCUAAAAUUUAAACUGCAAAAAAAAAACAUAUUAACCAAUUUAGCAAUUUAAAUUAUUCAAUUAAAAGAAAGAAAACUUAGGCCCUUUUUGAUAAUUUCUAAAAUUUGCUCUCAAGGAUUGAGAAGGGGGAUUUCACAUUGCUAGAGACCGCCAACUGCAAUUUGGAUUGGCUUGAAAUAUAUAACAACCAAGUAACUCAAGAGAACAUAAUUGGCAGAUAUUGUGGGACAAGGCUUCCUAAUAUUAUCCGAACCACUGAUAGCAGUAUGAAACUCAAUUUGAUUACAACGCUGGCAGCUGUGGGAAUGACAAGGAAAGGUUUUCGUGGUCGAUACUACACCCACAGUAAGUCAGGACAGUUGUUUUUUUAAUUCUUAAAUCAUUUUUUUUUUUACUUAUCAUCUGUCAUAUGAUUUUCCCGGUUUUAACAUUUGCCACUCUGAACAUUCAUCCAUGAGUUUUUACCUGAUUUUUUUUCCUGUUUAUUCCAAAUUUAUUUAAAAAUGGUGACAUUCAAAAAGUAAAUGUCAAUCAGCUUAGGUCUUGGGAACCAUCCAUACAUAAGAUCACAUUAUUUAGGCCGAUGUUUACCCCAUCCAUCCCCCGUUGUCACAAAAUUUAAACACCCUUUUGGGACAAAUUUGUGAUUCCCCCCCCCCCCCCCCGGGCACCCUUUAAAAAAAAAAAAAGAAUUAAUUUUUACAUGAAGUCAUUUAUAGAUGUUCCCUCAGUAUUCUUUAAGAUUAAAGCACAUUGGUUCAUUCAAAGUUGAUUAGCAGUUGAUUACUGAUUAUAAUUGAAAAAGUAUCUUUCAAAUAACAUACAUUUCAAGUUACUUACAUUAUAAUAAAUAUUUCAAAGCGUUUUUAUUCUUUAAGAAUGGAUCAUUAUUUCAAAUUUCUGUAGAGCAAGUGGUAACAUUAUUACAUGUAAUUUUAUCUUCUUUUGAAAUAAAUAUAUUGGGAAUUCAUAUGAAAUAUUUUCCUCUCCUACUGAUUAGCUUGCCCUGCCUUCACAUGGGGAGUAACCUGUGACCACCCUUGUGACUGUGAAAAACUAAACACUGAGUUUUGUGACAACACCAAUGGCAUCUGUGUUUGUAAGACAGGGUGGAUGGGUGAUGAUUGCAGUGAAGAUGUUAAUGAAUGCAGGUUCUCUGGUUGUUCUGAAAAUGAGAUUUGUCAGAAUACACCUGGCUCAUUCACCUGCAUCUGUAAAGAAGGAUUUAAUCGUGACACUGCUGGACAUUGCACUGGUAUAUUAAAUGCAUAAUUUGAUGCAUAAUUAUAUAAAUAACUGAAUAAGCCCAUGAAUACUGAUAUUAGCUGUACUUAUAUAUAACUUGCUACAUGGACUAUUUAUUGUUAUCUAAAGUCAUGCAUUCCAUAAUUUGAAUUAUAAUUUUUUGGGGUUUAAUUUCUGUGGUCUGGAAUUGAUUUAUUGCAGCAUAAACUGUUACUCAAAUUAAACUGAUAGUUUUUUUUUCCAAACAUUCAAAAUUUGUUGCCCUUUAAAAUCUGGCAAUAGAGUCCUAAAAGCCUAGUACUGGUUGAGAGACUAACACAAUGGGAAGCCCUGAUUAAAUCUAAUUUUUAUCAGUUACAAUUAUUUUCUUCCUUUAAAAACAUUUUGAAUAAUAAAAACAAUCCUUUCAUUUAAAUUUUUUAAAACAAUUACACAAAUUAGUUUUUUUCUAAUUUAGCAUGCAUAUAAAGAGCUAUGUAAACUUUGAUCCAAAAUUUAUCUCAAAGUUUUUGAGAAAUUAAAUGUAAAGGCAUGGUCAAAUGACAAAAAAUUAUGCAGACUAUUUAGUCAUAAUCCUAAGUACCAGUUGAAGAGAUGUUUUAACUCUGUAACAGUUGCAUGUGACUGCAAUUAUUUGAUUUACAUUUUUGUUUCUUUUCUGACAACUUCUUAUAAAUUUUAUAGUAACCCCCUAAUCAUCAAGGGGAUAAAUUAUAAAGUAAUUAUGGAACAGGCAAUGAAAAAUAAAUAACAGGAAAAAUAGAUAUGAUUCAAAGGUGAUAUUUUAACAUUUUUAAAAUAAAAUGAAUGAUUGCAUAUCAUGUGGCACUCUGAGAGUUAAGAUUUUACGAUGAACAGAUUAUAGCUAGCCAAAUAAAAUUUUCCUUAUCAACAUUAAAUAGACUUAUUAUCAAUUGCCAGGUGUAAGAGCUACCUGUACAACAAAGGUGAAGGCAUCAUGUUCCCAUUCCUGCUACAAAAACAUUUUGACUGGUCUUGAUACUUGCAGCUGUCCUGAUGAAUUGGAACUUGGACAUACAAGCUUCACACAAUUUACUUGUGUUAGUAAGUAGUUGGGACAUACAAGCUAUAUACAUUUUACUUGUUAGUAAGAAGUUAGGACUUACAAGCUUUAUACAGUUUACUUAUGUUAGUAAGUCAUAAAGUUCUUUUUUCUACAUCCUCAUUUUAAAAAUCCUGAAAUGUGAAUUAACUCUUAUAUUGUUCAUGUCAUUGUUUCAUGAAUUAUAUUAAACGUUACCUUAAAAAUUGUAUUUAUUUACAGUACCAUAUUAUCCAUAUGGCAAUACUGCACAUGAUUCAGACUUGUCCCCAACAAGUGCAGAUGUCACUAAAGUUGGUUAUGCAUAUGUGAACAGAAAUCCAAUCCCAUUCACUUCAGGAGUUCCAUUUGGGGAUAGUUUGAGAACCGAGGCUUAUGUAAGUUUAUUUGCAGAACAAUCUAUUUCUUUUAAAGUUGAUGUCGGGCCAUAUGCUAUAAAUGACUAUGUCCAUGUCUGUUUGGAAGCCAACUUGGUUUAUUUAAUUUAUAUAAUUUACUCUUUUACAAUACUCUAAGGUUAAGAUGGCCAGGGAAUUGUUUGAAGCCAGUAUUUUUUUUUAAAAUUAUAUUUUUAGCAAGCUUCUAUAUUUACUGAGACUUAACUGGCAAUACAACUAUAUAUACAUCUGAUGUGGCUGGAGACCUCAAGUCAUUCAGCUCUGAUGUGGUUUGGGGCCUCAAGUCAUUCAGCUCUGAUGUGAUUUGGGGCCUUAAGUCAUGCAGCAUUGAUGUGGCUGGGGGCCUCAAGUCAUGCAGUAUUGAUGUGGCUGGGGGCCGCAAGUCAUUCAGCUCUGAUGUGGUUUGGGGCCUCAAGUCAUGCAGCACUGUUGUGGCUGCGGGCCUCAAGUCAUGCAGUAUUGAUGUGGCUGUGGGCCUCAAGUCAUGCAGCAAUGAUGUGGCUUGGGGCCUCAAGUCAUGCAACACUGAUGUGGCUGGGGGCCUCAAGUAAUGCAGUAUUGAUGUGGCUGGGGCCUCAAGUCAUGCAGCAAUGAUGUGGCUGGGGGCCUCAAGUCAUGCAGCGCUGAUGUGGCUUGGGGCCUCAAGUCAUGCAGCACUGAUGUGGCUGGGGGCCGCAAGUCAUUCAGCUCUGAUGUGGUUUGGGGCCUCAAGUCAUGCAGCACUGAUGUGGCUGGGGGCCUCAAGUCAUGCAGUAUUGAUGUGGCUGGGGGCCUCAAGUCAUGCAGCAAUGAUGUGGCUGGGGGCCUCAAGUCAUGCAGCACUGAUGUGGCUCUUGGCCUCAAGUCAUGAGCCAUGCAGCACUGCAAUAGCUUUACAAGUUGGUUGAUGUGUUUUCCAACUUUCUGGGGGGUUACUUGUAUUUGUGACUAUCACUCACUGUGACGAUUCAUCCAUUUCACCUCGUUUUACCCAUUGCUGGUGAUGAUCUAGGAUGAAUUUUUACCAUCCUAUCAUUUGAGAAGCAAAUGUAACUAAUUUUUGCACUUGUGCAACUGUUUUAUUUUAUGUGCCAUAUCAUUUGACCAUUCUAAAAGCACACCCCAAAUUGUAUUUAGCAAUUUUUUUUUAGCUCAGGACUAUGUAAACAAGCUGAAGAAAACUGGGUAUAAUUUGCACAUCAAUUAUAUUUUUUUAAAGAUUUAAAUUAUGCAUUACACGAAUGUUUUUACUUUGAAAUGUUAUUUUUGUUUAACUGACCAAUUUGGAACUCUCCAGAUUUACAGCAAUGGCAUAAUUGGCUUUGAUAAAUUUGAUUGGACAGAAGAGCCUAACCUUCAGGAGGCAAAUGACAACAAACAGGAUCUGAUAGCAGCAUUCUGGGCCAAAGUGAACCCCUUGAAUGGUGAGACCUUCUACCACCUCUAUGAGAAAUGUGAGCCUUCAGUUUUUAAUGAGCCUGGCCAGGGUAAGAGCUCGCCAUUCAAAGACCAAGUGAUGGACAGGGCAGCCAAUGAUGUCAAGCUAGUUUUAGGUGUGCAUGACUUUGAUGUUCAGACAGUUCUUGUUGUCACAUGGAAAGGUCUGACAAGCUAUGAGAGGGUACGUUGACAAUUUAUGAGAGAGCAUGUUAACAAGUUAUGAGAGAGAAUGUUGACGAAGUAUGAGAAUGUUGACAAUUUAUGAGAGAGAAUGUUGACAAUUUAUGAGAGAGUAUGUUGACAAUUUAUGAGAGAGAAUGUUGACAAUUUAUGAGAGAGUAUGUUGACAAUUUAUGAGAGAGAAUGUUGACAAGGUAUGAGAGGGUAACUAUUAACUUCACUCCAGUUGCUUGACUUAACACAUAGUUUUAGAGAAUUUUUUGAUAUUCAGGGCACUAUAUUUCAGCCAUUGCUGGUAAACUGUUUUGAUAAAUUUAACACAAACUUUUCCAAAAUAUCUCAAAACAUGAAUUAUUUAAUACUAGUAGCAAUGUUAAGCUGUUGUCUAUACUAGUAGCAAUAUUUUAUGUUAGUGACUAUUCUUGAUGAUGAAUGAUUUAUCUAAAAACUAGCUAUAAAGCCUCGAUGCUUGAAAAGUAUAGACAGUAAAAGUUGUGUUUGUACUUUUACGCGAUGAAAGCAAAAAGAGUUACCUUUAAGAGAAAUUAAUUGAAGUUUUUCAGCCAAAUAACAUAUACUGAAAUGAACACCAACAGACUCAGUAUAACUUUCAUGUGAAAUACAUUUAACAGACUGAUAACCUUGUGAACACUUUCCAAGCCAUCUACAUUAGUGGAUAUCGUAAGGACAGGAGCACCGAUGAAAACUUUUCUGGUGAAUUUUUAAUUUUAGCUUCAGUCUGUCAGUUUUCGCUGUGAUCAAUUAUGAAUGCCUUCAUGUCAUGUGAAAGAAAUCUUAAGAACAAACUAUAUUGCAGCUUGAACAACAGUCAGCAAUCUAAUUUAGAAUUAAAGUAAAAAGUAAUUUUUUGUUUUUAACGUUAAGUAAAAAGGGUCAAUAUGUUUUACUCUAACAAUGUGACAAGUGGCCGUACAUUUUAUGAUGAAAAAAAAAAGUUAUUAUAUCACAAUAACGUGUAAAAUAACUAGUUUUGUAGUAAAAAUUUGAAUAAUUUUCAAAAUAUUUCUCUUUGUAAAUCAAAAUUGUAAAAUAAAAAUCAUCUGUGAAAUUNUGUUUUACUCUAACAAUGUGACAAGUGGCCGUACAUUUUAUGAGGAAAAAAAAAAGUUAUUAUAUCACAAUAACGUGUAAAAUAACUAGUUUUGUAGUAAAAAUUUGAAUAAUUUUCAAAAUAUUUCUCUUUGUAAAUCAAAAUUGUAAAAUAAAAAUCAUCUGUGAAAUUUAUUUGAUGUCAUAGUGCUUAAAAUAUAAUGUGUAGGCUGUAUUGACCAGACAGCAUAUGGGGGAAUAAGAAGAAAUUAUUUACUUUCACUUGUUGAUGGUAUUUAAAAGAAAUAGAAGAUUCCACUAAAACUUAAUUGAGUGAAAGAUUGACUUCUUAAAACAUUUUUUUUUUUUGCAGAUGAAGAGACAGCCUAUAUUUAUUUCAUCUACCAGAAAGGUCAAAUGCAAUGGCUUAACAAAAAUGGCAGGAAAAUGGAAGUAGGGUUUGUGGCCAGUCCAUAUACAUCGGCUACAACAAUCACAAUCACAGAAAACUCAUUUAAUUUGAAGGAAGGUAUUUAACAAAAACAUUUUUACUUCAAUUUGCCAAGUAGUUUUAAAAUAUAAUUUCUUUUAACGAAAAAUAAUUGUGUCAUUAAUAAAAUGAUUGCCCAAGAGUAAAUGUCUCAUGCCUGAUAUUUGAUGUCAGAAGAUACUGGUCUACCUUAUUUGCUUGUUACGUGGUAAAUGUUAUAAACUUGGUUUCCCACCCUUGCUAGAUAUAUAUCAAGCCUUCUAUUUAUUUAUUUUAUUAUAUUAAAACUUCUUCACUCAGCAAACUACUUGGAGUCGCUCAUGCUUGAAGUUUCUCGACGUACAAGUCCAACUCAAAAAUGCCAAAAUCAUGUGUGCAAGAAUUCCCGUCUCAUUAACAACUUUCCAUACAGGAAAGAGAUCCAACAACUUACUACUUGGAGUCGCUCAUGCUUGAAGUUUCUCGACGUACAAGUCCAACUCAAAAAUGCCAAAAUCAUGUGUGCAAGAAUUCCCGUCUCAUUAACAACUUUCCAUACAGGAAAGAGAUCCAACAACUUUAUAACUGCCCCUGUGCAUUAGGUCAGCUAGGACUGCAGUGGAGUCUCUUUGAAAAACGUGGACAAGACAUUUACUGCUUUGCUAUUAGUCCUGUGGCCAAGAGGAGGCUACUGCAGUCCAAUCCAAGAAAUAAGGUAUUUAGGGGCCAUCCAUAAAUGAUGUCACACAUGUAAACAAGGGAGGUGGGGUCAUUAAUUUGUGAUGAUUUACUAUUAGGGUUUAUGUGGAUGUGAUGGUGGGGAAGGGGAGGGUCCAAAAUUAGGUGAAAUCCUUUAUGGAUGGCCUCUUAUGACUGAUUAGUUAUACUGAUGACUGAAACAAUUACAAAAAUGAUUUUCUACAGUCUGUAAUACUCAUCUCAUUGAGAUAUCAGCAAUUAAUGUUCCAUUGAUCUAUAUAAAUGUGUAUGUCUAAUCUGUUCAUCUAUAACAUCCUCUCUGUCAGUUGCAUGUGUUGCCUUCAGAGAAGAGGCUACUUCCUAACUUGUCAAGUUUUAAAAAAAAAAUAUUAUUGUAAAAAUUAAAAAAAAAAAAGUAAUUUAAUAAUGCAGUUGUAAUAUUUAGAAAAUAAGGAUGCUUUGUAGUUAAUCUAGCAAAUGCAUAAAAUAUGCCACUUCUUUCUUUCUAUCUAUCUAUCUAUCUUUAUCUAGCUAUCUCUCUCUCUCCAUAUAUAUAUCUGAGUGUCUUUUGUCUGUCUUUAGACCUUCUGGCUUUCGUCCGUCCAUCUUUUUUCCAUCUGUCAGUCCGUCCAUCCAUCCAUUCAAAAAUUCACCCAUCCCUGAAACCAGCCAUCUAUAUCAUAGAAUGUGCAGUAAAUAUUAACAAAUGAACAACAAAUAUAAAGACAUAUUUCUUCAUUUAUUGUCUUAAGGUAGUUUGUUGAUAUCUCAUCAUUUAUUUUAAUGUUUUAAAUACUUGUAAAAAAGUUCAAAUGAACUUAAAAUAUUUGAUAAAAAAUAAAUUUGGUGAGAUUGAAUCGAGCCUAGUUUUUUGUUUUAAUUAGCAUCUGCAAGUAGAAUAAAUGUACUGGGAAAAGAAUUGUUUUCCAAACUCAAAGCUUUUCUCAAUGUUCUCCCUCAGCUGUGUUGUUACCGAUGGAGUCAGCCUGCACUAGACAGUGACUGGAGAGUCUGGGCUCAAGCCAUAGCUGUGUCAUCUUUCAUACACAAGACAUCUGAUGCUGGACAUAUACUGGUUGGAGACCGUGAAUGGUUCAGAGGCGUCCAGGAAAAUAUAGAUGCCCACCAGUGGUGUUGUAAAGAUUCCCAGAGCUCUAUUAUGUGUCAUAGAUUUAACCUGAUCUACCCAGACUUUCAGUGCUCAUAUGAUGUGACAUUUGUGCCAGGUAAUGAACACAGUUUUUCCUCAUUUCUUUUACAUGAUUGAUGGCAAUUAAUGAUGUCCAAAGCAAGCAACACCAGAGGUCCUAAACACAGUUGUUUCCUUAUCUUGUUUGGCGAUGUAGUUAAUAUAUUGUGUUCAAAAGAGGGCUUAAUUUCCUUCUGGAUGAAAUCAAACAAUGAAAUAUUUUCUUGAGUACUAGAGAGGAGACACCUAAAAAGACACCAUUCUUUGGUUACAGAGAAUAGUCCUUCCAAGAUAGCUCCAAUGACAUCAAUGUUUAGUGACUUUUAAAACACCUCUCUUUGGUAGUAGAUAGUAGAUACCCAUAAGAAUAACUAUCUUAGAUUGUAAAAAGUUCAGCCCUAUAUAGAUUCCUCUUUUGGAUGGUGGAGUCAUGCACUCAUUGAUUCAUUUAGGAAAAAUUUAAUUGUGCAAAUUCCAUAUAAAUAUAAAAAGAUUUAAUAACAUAGUAGCCUUCUUUAAAAUUUUUGAAACAAAGCAUCAAAUUGUACAAAAUGUAAAAAAUAUGUAGAUAUUAUUAAGCACUAGUGGAUAAGCCAAUUCUAGAAACAGUGUAAGUUUGUAAAAAUGCUGUAAAAUAAAAUAAUAUUUUUGUGGAAUGUCAAAUUUGCAGAAUUUCCAUCCACAAUUUUACUAUAUGUAAUAUUCAUUAAUAGCACACCCUGUAAAAUAAUACCCCAUAUUGAAAUUUUAAAAAAUUCAUAUUCAUCAAGCUGUGUUACCCUGGCAAAUAAAUUACACAUAUUUUAUAUGUAGUUUGCUUUGUCUUGUUACGAGAACAUUUUAUUGAUUCCAGUUUAUCUACUUGGAGAUCCCCAUAUAAAUACAUUUGACAAUUUAACAUAUACCAUGAAUGGAGAGGGGGAGUUCACUCUGAUGGAUGUCCAAUCUGUCAAUUUUACACUUCAGGUAAGCUUUGUUUGGUCAGUACUCAGUACUGUCAAGGCUUGUGCCCAUAUACUGCAGUCACACUAAAAGUGUGCUAUGUUUAGUAUUACUGUACUUUAUUCUAGAUAUUAUAAUUAGUCUGAAAAACUACAUUCCACCACACAUAUUGAUUGUUGUGAUUAGUAAGUAGUGAUGGAUGUUGGGAUGCACUUUGAGAGUUCUGUAAUAUUGAUUAAAUUAUGACCAUAUCUAAUUAUGAAUUGUUAAAAGGGCCUCACUGCGGUCACAAGGUAUGAAAAAAUUAAUAUCCAGCUUGCUGAAUGCCACAAAACAACAAACACUAGUUACUUUCCAAACUUCCCAAAUUAAUGCUUAAAAAAUUAAUCGAUUAUGCGAUUUCUCUUUCAUUUUACUUAUUGAAGUUUAAAAAGUUCAGAAUUGUGCCCCAAAUAUUAAUGGUGUUAAUUUUCUUUAAAUACUUUAAAGUAGGUGAUAUUAUGUCAUAGCCAGAAAAUGUGCUUUUAUGUAACAUUGUUGUUUUCAAUUUUACAAUGCUUAUGGUCUUAAAGAUCUAAAUACUUUAAAUUUUUUAAGGCACGUACCAGCAGAAUACUUUCAAAUCAAGGAGAGCUGACAAAUGGCACAGUUUUCACUGCUUUUGCUGCGCGGGAAAGGGAUUACGCAAGAUUUCAAGUGGAGAUUUCUACCAAUAACAAAAGUGAGAUUUCAUUUUGAUCUAAAGUUGACAGGAAUCACUGGCUUGUUGACAGGAAUCACUGGCUUUUUGGCAGGAGUCUUGCAGCCAUUUUAGAAAUUAAGUUAAAAAUUUAUUUGAACCUAGCAAUCAACAGUAACAGUCUGCAGUGUGAUUUCAAAUGUCAAAGUUAAUUCAUUAUAAUUCUUUAUCCAUUUUUUCUCCCUUUUUAAAAAGUAAUUCUCUCAUGUAUAAAAUAACUCUUCAAAUGUAAAAAGAAUGGAUUGAAACCUUUACAACCAGGGUGCAACAUUCUAUGAAUAAAUAGGUCUUUAAGUUUUAAAAAAUUCAUAUGCUCUGUUAAAUAUUUAAUUACUUCACCCAAAUAUGAUUUGCUCAUGCUUAGGCCCCAUAUAGUUAAUGUUUAGUUUAAAUAGUUUAUAGUUUGAUCAAAGUGAUUCUUUCAUAAGAGCUCUUCAUUUUUUCGUGCAUUACCUUUUUAACCACAAAAAGCAAAAUAAUACAUUUUAAAACAAUUCUUAGAAAGGAAAUGUUCAAUCUUCCUGGCCAAACCAUAAUAUGCACUUAGAAUUUCAUAAAAGUCUGACUAAAUGAAAUCUGAUUAUUUUAGCAAUGGUCAUCUUUCUGGAUGGUGUUAACAUCACAUCAGACUUUUACCUUUCUGGAACUUUUAAAAAGUCGCUGGAAUACAUAGAGCUCUCUCGUGACAGUCGUUUCAACAAAACCAAAGUGGUGGCCCUAUUUCCAUGUGGUAAGAUGCCUUUAACAUCACAUCAGACUUUUACCUUUCUGGAACUUUUAAAAAGUCGCUGGAAUACAUAGAGCUCUCUCGUGACAGUCGUUUCAACAAAACCAAAGUGGUGGCCCUAUUUCCAUGUGGUAAGAUGCCAUAUUUCCUUGUAGUAAGAUGCCUUAUUUCCUUGUGAUAAGAUGUCAUAUUUCCAUGUGGUAAGAUGCCCUAUUUCCUUGUGUAUGAUGCCUUAUUUCCUUGUGAUAAGAUGCCCUAAUAUCCAUGUUGUAAGAUGCCUUGUUUCAGUGUGGUAAGAUGCCCUAUUUCAAUGUGGUAAGAUGCCCUAUUUCAAUGUGGUAAGAUGCCCUAUUUUAAUGUGGUAAGAUGCCCUAUUUCCAUGUGGUAAGAUGCCCUAUUUCCUUGUGGUAAGAUGCCUUAUAUUCUUGUGUUUAGAUGUGAUAUUUCCUAGUGGUAAGACGCCAUAUUCCCUUGUGGUAAGAUUAACAUGCAUGGUAAAGGAUUCUUUUGGGGAUGUAGAACCAAUAGCAAACUUUCUGAUUAAUAUAGUUUGAUUGAUAAAAAUUAACCAUGGAACUAAAACAUUUCAGUAAAGUUUUUGCCACAUGUAACAAACUUUUAAAAUUUAUUUCUACACAUAUUUCUAGAUUUUGUUUAAUACAUUAUUUUAUUAAAAGUUUGAGCUGGUUUGUAAGGUAGAUGAUAGUUUAAUAUUGUAUAAUUUGCUAGCUGAAACUAUCAGAUUACUUUGCUUAAGUAUGUAGUUUUUUUUUUUAUUUCCAGGAGUGGCUAUUGAAGUGAAUGUUGGAGUCAAUGGUUUAGAGUUGAACCUAGAAGUGGACAAGGAACUGAGGGAUAAAACUCGAGGUUUACUUGGAAAUUUCAAUGGUCGCCCCAAUGAUGAUUUUCUUCUUCCUAAUGGAACUGUCCUACCUGCUAUUAUGACAGAGAAAGAAAUCUAUAGAAAUUUUGCUACACAAUGUAGGUUCUUUUAUUUGAAUGUCUGCUCUCUUAAUAAAUUUUCUAUUUAUUGCUGUAAUUUCUGGCUAUUUUUCUUGGAAAUGUUGACGGGUUGGUAUUGUAAAAUAAUAUUUUGAAUUUUCAACUAUGUUAUGUAGUUUGAGAUCCUUCUUGUAAGUGAUAGCUUUUUACAAUUUGAUAAAAAUUAUUUUACAGAUCUAGUAUCAGCAGCCACAUCAGUAUUUUUCUACGCCAAAGGACAGAGUGCUGCAGACUUUUAUCAUCCUGAAUUUAUCCCUGUGACCAGAGACACCCUGAAUCCCAAUGCAACGCUGUUGAAAACUGCCACAGAUUUAUGUGAAGGACAAGAACUUUGUAUUUAUGAUUACUUAGUAACAGGGGAUGCAAACUUUGCCAACAAUACAAAAAUGACUUGGGAGUUUUCUAUAGCUUCAAGAAAUGUACUAGGUACUAUUUAAGUUUAUUUGUAACCAUAUUAAACCAUACUUUCCCCAGCAGUGGUUUUGAAAACCUAUAAAAAUGAUAACAGUAACUUGAAGUAUCUGACUAAAAUAAGACUAUUAAAAAAAUAAUAAAUUUUGCAGGAAAUUUGAAUAGGCUAAUGGACAUUCAUGCUAGAGUGUUUUUUUAUGUCUUUUUCUCUGCUUUUAAACAAGUUAGGUUUUUGCAUAAUUUAUUACAUGAAACAAUCUGCUGUAAAUUUUUGCAAAAAUUAAUAUAGAGUGGUACACAGAUAUUACAGGCACCUGUUGGCAGGAAGGAGUACAACAUUCACUUACAAAUCACAUUCCGCUAGCUUACUUAGGGUUUCCACUUAUGAAAUAUAAAUAAACUAGGGCUUAACCAGAUGCAGUUUUUUAAACUGGGUCCAGUUAUUUUGAGAAAAUACCCUGUGGGUUAAAGAGUUACAAAAAAAGUUAAUUUCUCAUUUUAUUUAAUAUAUGCUGGUCUUUCAUCAAUUGACAGACCUACACCCUAACUUUCGGUCUUUACACAAUAGCCCUAACAACCUAACACCAUAACCAUUGCUCUUUAUUGAUUAAUAUAAUAUUUGCCUCCCACUAGAGAAAAAAUCAACCCUAAAGCUUGUUGCAUGACAGUUUUUCUUUUCACUCAUUACUCUUAAUAUAAAGCAUGUAGAGUUCGGGGAGGGCCAGUUAUGAAGAGGAAGCAGGACACACCAGAUGAAAAAUAUAUAUGAGAUUAGAUGAGAUAUGAGGGAAACAGAAUAUUUUUCUUUGUAUUAAAAAAUAGCAUAAUUUUUAUAUUAAUUUCAUUUUAAAAUUCAAAUACACAGUGUGAUAUAUUAUAUUACAUACAUAAAAGUUUUAAUAUGUUUAAAGAAAAGAAAAGUGAAAUUUAUUUAACACAACUUUUCAUCAAUUAAUAUUUUUGCCCUUCUGUUGACACUCUCUAAUUGAUCAUGAAAAAUGUAACACAGCAAAUUCUAUUUUUUUAAAUAAACAAAACAAUGAAAGAAUUUCAUUUUAUUUUUCCUCAGAAAACACCAUUCCCCGUGUUGAAGUUGUCCAGAGCAGUGGUACAUUUGUCAACAAUCGCUGGUUUGUUCAGGAGGGUGUUGCCAACACAUUGAGGUUUACAGCCACUGAUCAAGAUGGAGAUUUGCUGACAUACUUGCUGGAUGGCAGCCCUAGAGAUGUAUCUAUCAACCAGAGUGGUUUCCUUACAUAUUCACCAAACACUUUAGAGCCUGUCAAUAUAGCGUAUGUGAGGUUUUAUGUUAGCACCCAUAAUCAAAUAAGCCGUGCAAACUCAUUGAAUUGUUUUUUAGCAGGCUAUUGUAAAUCAGCUAUUGUGUCCGACACUAGUUGGCAUAGAGGCUACAAAUUUGUUACAUAAGUUCAAGCAUACAUCUCUCUAUUUCAGUGAAGUUAUCUUAAAUUGAGAUAAAAUAUUUUAGAAACUAAACUCAACAUGUAAACAAAACAAUAAAUCUCAAGACCUUGACAAGAUUAAUUUUUAAAAUUUAAAGCAAAAAUACGUUAUGAAUAAAAUAUUUAUUUUCUCAGUGUACGUGUCAAGGAUUCAAAGAAUGGUUACUCCCCAUGGUUGUAUGUUUCUACAUUGAUAUGCCCUCAGUGUAACAAUAAUGGCACAUGUCAGAGUACAAAUGCACCCAGGAAAAUAGAAAAUUUCUCUGGACAAGUUCAGAUUUUAAAGUGUACCUGCCUAGCUGCCUUUAUAGGUGAGACAUUUAAAUAAUUUUUUUAAUAGAAUAUGCGUAGAAGAUUACCAUUGACUCUUUAAAUAAAUGCUGGAGUACAUUUUAAUUAGCAUGAGAGUAAAAUCAUGAAACUUAAAUAGAUAGCAAUUAAACAAAAGGCAUGAUAACUUUGAGUGGUCCUCAAACGUUCAGGUGAUAAAUGUGAGGCUGAGAAGGAUGCUUGCAAGUCUAAGCCCUGUGCCAAGGGACAGAACUGUACAGACCUGACAGCUGCCCAGCAAGGAAACAGUUCCAUAGGCCAUGUGUGUGGACCAUGUCCCACUGGCUUCGAAAAUGUUGAAAAAAGAUGUACUGGUUAGUGAAUAUAAAAAUUAUACACAUUUUUCGUUUUACUGACAGUGGCAUAAAGUGAAAAAUUAGCAACAAAUAGAAUUUGGUUUAUAAAUAUGUAUGACAAAAUAAGAUACUUAAUUUCCCAUGAAUUCUGCAUCUUUUUAUUGAAAUAUCAGUAUUUGAUUUGUGGUAUAUCCUGGACAGCUCUGUAUUAGGAAUAUUAGUAAAUAUACUUUUACUUAUUCAAAAUCUUCUACCAUUAUUUUUCAAGUAUUUCUUUGUUUUAAUCUAACUUUCAAUGGCUGAUUAGCUCUUAAAAGUAAAAUUUACAUACAGAUAAAGAUGAGUGCAAUGGUACCAACGUCUGUGACCACAUCUGUACUAACACAGAAGGCUCUUUUAUUUGUAGCUGUGAGAUUGGCUAUGUCCUUAGUCCAUUAGACUCAAGGACCUGUUUUGGUAAGCCUUAUACUUUUACAGAUAUUAUGGAUCAGCAUUUUCCCAUACUUUGUCUAGUGAAUAUUUUUCUGGAUUACAGAAAUUAAUCAAAUUGGUGGGGAAAGAAUAUUUAACACUCAAUUAUUAAGGAAUGAUAUUGCAUUUUUAGGCUAGUCAUUCAAGAGUAUACAGAACAGGAUGAACAUACAUAAGAUGGGGCUACUUCAAGUUAUUGAUAUGUCACAACUAUCUUUACAUAUAUACUUAUAUCAAUACAUGUUAUACAUAAUAAUGAACAAACUACUCUGAGAAGAAGAAAUUUCAAUAUAGAGGGAUCACAUCCUUAGAUAGAUAAACGUAAGUGAAAAACAAUUACAUAUCUCAUAGUAUUUUUAUUUGGAAACAAUGGGCUGAUAGGAAAUUAAAAAAAUAAAUUCAUGAUUGUAAUAAAAUAUUCUGGACUCCCGAGUUUAAAGAUAUGUCUUCAAAUCAUUGAAUGACACCAACUCUUAUUUAUUGAAAGCUAAAAAAUAUUUUUUUUUUAAUUUCUUGCAUUCAGCAAAGAACUGCUCUAAUAGAUGUGUGCC